AUGGUGACUCUCUGACCCUAUGUGUGCAGAGUAGAACUGCUCUAUAGGGUUUCUAAGGCUGUGACCUUUCAGAAGCAGAUUGCCAGGCCUGUCUUCCAAGACACUUCUCGAUUUCCUUAUUCUGGACUUUCAUAUGAAUGGAUGUGAUCUUUUGUGACUGACUCCUGUCACUUAGCAAAAUGUUAUCAAGGUUCAUCCAUGCUGUAACAUGUAUCAGAACUCCAUUCCUUUUUUAUGACUGAAUAAUAUUCUAAGCUGUGGCUAAGUGAGAGAUAAACACAAAAGCUAAGAAGAGACAGUAUAAGGUGCCGUCGAGUUGGUCCUGACUCAUAGUGACCCUGUGUAUAACAGAAUGAAACACUGCCUGGUCCUGCACCAUCCUCAUGAUUGCUACACUUGAGUCCAUCAUUGUAGCCGCUGUGUCAGUUCAUCCUGUUGAGGGCCUUCUUCUUUUUUGCUGACCCUCCGCUUUACCAAGGAUGAUGUCCUUCUCCAGGAACUUGUCUCUUCUGAUAACAUGUCCACAGUAUGUGAGAUGAAGUCUCACCAUCCUCGCUUCUAAGGAGCAUUCUGGCUGUACUUUUUCCAAGACAGAUUUGUUCAUUCUUUUGGCCAUCGAUGGUAUAUCCAAUAUUCUUUGCCAGCACAGCAACUCAAAUAGAAGGAUAUAAAUUUUUUUUUUCCUGGAGAAAAAGGUAAUGAGGCAUUCUGGAAGGAGAAAUAGCAAGGACAAGAUGAUGGAAAUGGACAAUUUCCAAGUCACUCAGAAAUUUGUAGAUGAUAACACUGGAUAUCUGUAGGUUUGUUAAACUCUUUUUGAUGAUAAUGUUUAUUGUAAUCUUAUCUGCUACAUUCCAAAAAUGUUAAUGAUGUUCAAAUGUAAUUUAAUUAAAUAGAAAUGAUUAAAAAAGGAAAUACAGUAUUAAUCAUAGAAUUUAGAUGAGACAAUUGAACUGUCAAAAUGUUGUAAAAUUUAUAGGCUUCACACUUCUCAGAUAAUUUCCUGAGACUAGUCAGUAAGUGAGUGUCCCUAUGAAUUUUUGUUGGACACACAUGGAAAUUCUGCAGAUGAUCACCAUGUAUGCUCUGUAGACUGUUGUACCACCAUCAUCACAUUUGCUCAAUAUGUUCAGGAGGCAAACUUUGAAGAAGUGGAAAUGCUGGUAAAAGAGAUGAUGGAAAUCAGAAAUAAAUGCAUAACUGACAUGACACUUCCCGAAUGUGCAAAAUUAGUUGAUGAUGUUCUACAGGAAAGUAUACGUACUAUGAAGGGGCUGCCACAAAAAUACAAUUUUUCACACUGCUGCGGUAAGAAGGACUUUGAAAGAAGACGUUGUUUCCUCUAUAACAAGAAAGCCGAUGUAGGGUUUCUCCCUCCUUUCCCAACAGUGGAUCCUGAAAAGCAAUGCCAGGAUUAUAAACAGAAGAAAGACCUUGUUCUAAACAAUUAUCUUUUUGAAGUUGCCAGAAGGAAUCCCUUUGUCUUUUACCCUAUACUUCUAACUGUUGCUGCCCGUUUUGAGGAAGUGGCUAAAACAUGUUGUAAGGAACAAGACAUAGCCAGCUGCUUUCGAACAUGAGUGGGUAUUGCAUUUAUGUUGUUAAAGGACAAAGAGUCCCCAACAUCACAAUCCUCAGUUAAUAUUGAAUCAUAACAAAGGGGUUGCUUACCACUUAUGACAUUCUCUUGCCACUUACACUGGUUUUCAACCCACUGGUCUCCAGUUAAUGAUCUAAAUGUUCUCAUGAACAGGGACUGUUUAAAGACUGUCUCUCUUCUGGCUUUGUCUUCCUUGUAAACUGGAAGAUACCUUAGUAGGUGAAUAGCCAGGAAAAGAUGACCAUUUUACCUUGUAUCCUAGUAAGUCGCCUUUUAGCUUCACGUAAAAUGGAAUUACCCUAGAAGAGAUGGCCAAGCUUAUAGCAGAGUGCCCCAUGAGAUAAACACCAUGCACCUUCCCAUGAAGUAUAAUUCAGUCAUCAGAAAGACUGACCCACUCUUUACAAUGUGCCACAAAUUCACAUUUUUUUAAUACAUAAAUUUACUAAGAUAAAAAUCUCAUAGAUUUUCUGUUUCUGAGCAACUAUAUCAGGAUAGUUUGAUAUGUAGUUUUUUUAAAAAAUAAGAUAACAGUAGGGUUUCGCUUUUGCUUCAACAGAAAUUUUCUU